AUGGCAACCACCGAAAACGAUUGGUACGAGCCAGAAGAGAUGGUGAUCGGUGACGUGAAGGUUCCUUCGAUCUUGGACGAUUUUAUCGAUAACCACCCGUCGAUCGUAGACCGUUUCUAUACGAAACUGUAUUCACUACCCGACGUCGAGCCGGAUGAGCCCCACCAGAUCUUGUUCCACUCCAACCGGAUAUGCUUGGUCGGGCUCGCCAAGGAGCAUGUGGCAUUCAAGAAAGGCAUCCGUAGUGUAAGCUUCGAAGUGGGCAAAAUCGAUCGUAGCGAAAACAAAGUUUCCGGGCGCAAAAAGAAAGGAGGGAUGGUUUUGCAAGCGGACACCGUGCUGGCGUUAGUGACGUGCGAAGACGAUAGUGUGUAUAACCUGCGCGCUUGUGUUCAAGGUAAACUUAUCGAAGUUAAUAAUCGCGUUACCAGCAAGCCGGAAAUAUUGAGUAUCGAAGGGGAAGGGUACGUUGCGAUCGUCAUGCCUAAGCUAGAGAAUUGCGCAGCGUUGAAGGAAAAACUGUUGUCCGUUGAAGCUUACCAGAAUGUAGUAAAAGUCGAAUAAAACUUGCUCUGAAACAAACCAGCUCUUGGUUACUUAC